AUGUUCGCAAAAAGAUCAUUAUCGAGUUCUGCCUUUCUUAAAUCAAAACCAAGACAUUUGGUGAAUACCAUACAACUUUCUAAUGAAGAGUUGGCAUCAUUAGUCGGUAAAGCUGAAGCUUUUAAGAAGCAAGUUAGAUCAGGUAACCCUGCACCUGUUGAACAACAUCAGAAGCUUUUAGGAAAACUUGUUGCUUUACUUUUUUCCAAAAGAUCAACCAGAACAAGAAUUAGUACUGAAGGUGCCGCAGCAUACUUUGGAGCACAGCCAAUGUUCUUAGGGAAAGAUGAUAUCCAGUUGGGAGUCAAUGAAUCAACUUAUGACACAACCAAGGUUAUUUCGUCCAUGACUUCGUGUAUUUUUGCCAGAGUUAAUAGUCAUCAAGAAAUACUCGAAUUGUGUGAGCAUUCUUCUGUUCCCAUCAUUAACUCAUUAUGUGACAUGUACCACCCAUUACAAGCCAUCACUGACAUUUUAACUAUAAAAGAAGCAUUUGGAAAGACUGAAGGGUUGAAGUUAGCCUGGGUAGGUGACUCCAAUAAUGUCAUCAAUGAUUUGGCCAUUGCAUCUUUAAGAUCAGGCAUAUCGGUUGCCGUUUCGAUCCCAAAGGAUAUCGAAUUUGACCCUGAAGUCAGCAAGGCUGCCUCAGAGAUAGCCAGUGAGAAUGGUUUAUCAUUUGACAUAGUCCAUGAGCCAUCGAAGGCCAUCAAUAAUUCUAAUGUUAUCGUCACCGACACCUGGAUCUCAAUGGGCCAAGAAGCCGAAAAACAAGCCAAAUUAUUACAGUUUGAUGGUUACCAGAUUACCCAGAGUAUGAUUUCUCAGGGUAAUGCAUCUCCUGAUUGGAAAUUCAUGCAUUGCUUACCAAGACAUGCAGAAGAAGUAGCAGAUGAUGUAUUCUACAGCGAAAACUCCUUGGUAUUCGAGGAAGCUGAAAAUAGAUUAUAUGCUGCAAUGGCUGUUAUUGAAGCAUUUGUUAUUAACAAGGGUGAUUUACUUAAAUAA